AUGCCGCCCAAGCAGGCCACUUUGGGGUACGUCAAGUCCUCGCAGACCACCUUGGGCAAGUUCUUCGGAAACCCGAACGGCUCCAAGCCCGCCCCCCAGCAGACCAAGCUAUCAUUCGCCACGAAGUCGGCAAAGAAGCCCAAGGAAGAAGCUGAAGAAGAUGCUACGCCCAGCAGCAGCGCAGAGGUGCCAGAUACCAGCUCCAAAGUGAAGGAUGAACCAGACGCGAAAGAGAAUGCGGACCCAGCGGACUCGAAAAAGCGCGAUCGCUCUGGCCUGUCGCCGAAAGAUAAAGUGAAGAAGAAGGCAUCCGCCAAAGUCAAGACCGAAGAAGUCGAGGACGAGGAAGAAUAUGCGCCGGUGUCCAAGCGACCGCGCAGGAAUCGCAAGACAAUUGAGGAGGACGAUGAAGAUGAAGUCAUGGCCGAUGCUGCACCUGCAAACCCAAUAAAAUCUACAACCACCAAAAGGGGCUCUCCGAAGAAGGCUUCUCCCCCUGCUAUCAAGAAGAAGCAACAACCUGAAGCCACAAAAGCCGAAGAUGACGUCAAGGAAGAGGCUACCGCAUCAGAGUCUGCCUCUGAAGUUGAAGAGGACGCGGACGAGGAAGAAGAGAAGCCUGAAGUCGCAGCAAAGGCACGUGAAAAGGUACAAACGAAGCUGAAGGCAAAGGCGAAGGAUCCGUUUCCGGAUUGGAAAGAAGGCACUCCAGUACCGUACUUGGCACUAUGCACGACCUUCUCUCUCAUUGAGCUCACCACGAAGCGGUUGGAGAUCAUUGAGCACUGCUCCCUGUUCUUGCGCCAGGUACUCCGCCUGACUCCAGACGAUUUUCUCCCAACCGUUCUCUUGAUGAUCAACAAACUUGCCCCUGAUUAUGCAGGCAUUGAACUAGGUAUCGGCGAAUCCCUUAUCAUGAAGGCCAUCGGCGAGACGACUGGGCGCAGUCUUCAGGUUAUCAAGAACGAUCAAAAGGAGAUUGGCGAUCUUGGACUUGUCGCCGUCAAGAGUCGCUCGACACAGCCUACCAUGUUCAAGCCUAAGCCUCUGACGGUGAAAGGUGUACACAAGGGUCUUAUGGAUAUCGCAACAGUGUCCGGCAAUGGAGCGCAAGGUCGCAAGGUCGAUGGAAUCAAGAAGCUGCUUUCCGCGGCUGACUCUCAUUCUACUGGCAAAGUUGACAUUUACAAAGAUAAGGGUGGCCCGAGCGAGGCCAAGUACCUUGUCCGCUUCUUGGAAGGCAAACUUCGCCUGGGCCUCGCGGAAAAGUCAGUGCUGGUCUCUGUUGGGCAAGCUAUGAUUAUCCACGAGAAGGAUAAGAGCGGCAAGGUCCCGAGUACGGAUGAGAUGGAGCAGGCCGAGUCCGUCCUCAAGACAGUCUACAGCGAAUUGCCCAGCUGGGAUGUCAUCAUACCAGCAAUGCUCAACAACGGCAUCAUGAAGUUGCGGGAAAGCUGCAAACUUCGACCGGGUGUUCCACUUAAGCCUAUGCUUGCGAAGCCAACCAAGGCUAUUACGGAAGUGCUUGACCGAUUCGAGAACCAAAAGUUUACUUGCGAGUACAAGUACGACGGGGAGCGAGCUCAGAUACACUACGUUGCCAAGGAACACCAGGAUGAGUACAUUGACGGUGUUCCUGGAGCCACCAAAGAGGCGGCAGCCGGAAUUGCAUCCAUUUUUUCGAGAAACUCGGAAGACUUGUCGAAGAAAUAUCCCGACAUCCUUGACAAGCUCCAUACCUGGGUCAAGGAAGGAACAAAGAGUUUUGUGCUCGACUGUGAGACAGUUGCCUGGGAUGUGACAGAUAAGAAGGUCCUCCCGUUCCAACAGCUGAUGACAAGGAAGAAGAAGGAUGUCAAGAUCGAAGACGUCAAGGUCAAGGUCUGUGUGUUUGCUUUCGACCUGCUGUUUCUCAAUGGCGAUGCCGUGGUCGAGAAGUCACUGCGUGAACGUCGCGAGCUUCUGCAUUCGGCUUUCAGUCCAGUUGAAGGAGAGUUCGCUUUCGCUACGCACAUGGACGGUCAGGAGCUCGAGGAAAUUCAGACAUUCCUCGAUGAGAGUGUCAAGGCAUCGUGUGAAGGUCUCAUGAUCAAAAAGGACUAUCUUGCAGGAGUUGGCGACUCUCUGGAUUUAGUUGUCUUGGGGGCUUAUUAUGGAAAGGGGAAGCGUACAUCAGUCUACGGUGCCUUCUUGCUAGCCUGCUACAACUCGGCAUCUGACACUUACGAAACCGUGUGCAACAUCGGAACCGGCUUCUCUGAGCAAGUCCUUGAGGAACUCCACUCGUCAUUGUCUGAGAUCGUCAUAGACCGCCCCAAACCUUUCUAUAAGCACUCAACCGAUAAGCCACAUCAGCCAGAUGUUUGGUUCGAACCGCGGUAUGUCUGGGAGGUGAAGACAGCCGACCUAACCCUGAGCCCGAGAUACAAAGCAGCGUGCAAGGAGGGACUAGAUCCAAGCGGUGAGAAGGGUAUUAGUCUUCGAUUCCCCCGAUUCAUCAAGAUCCGUGACGACAAGAAGCCUGAUGAGGCUACCGGGAGCAGACAGGUGGCCGAGAUGUACAGGAAGCAAGAGAGUGUGACAAAGAACAAGGGGCCUAGUGUGGAUGAUGAUUUCGAGUAUUAA